AUGUACAAUGUGGCUGUUUCAAGCACUUGUCAAGAGAGAUGUGGAGGAAUCAAGAUGGAACACCCAUUUGGAAUCGGAAAAGGUUGCUAUCUCGACAAGUCUUACGAAAUCGAGUGUCUGGCUAAUACCACUUCUUCUUCAGGAAAGCUCGUCCCUUUCCUUCAGCUUGGUGGAAUCAAAAGAGAGGUUGUGAAUAUCUCUCUUCCGAGUGAAGUACGUUAUACUUCUUCAGUUGAUGGGUUGUUAUCUCGUUAUCUGAGUUAUGGGUACGUUCGUGUCAAAAUCCCGAUAACAACCGCAGGAUGCUUCAGCGAUGGGAAAGAGCCUGAAGAAUCAGUUACGAACUUGACGGGUACCCCUUUUUUCAUCAGUAGCGGUCUAAACAGCCUCGUAGCAGUUGGUUGCGACAGCAGAGUCUCGUUGACACAAAUGAAGCCGUACAUGGUGGGAUGCGAGGUGAAUUGCAAUACAAUCAAAGGGUCGAAUAGCAAUAGCAUCCCUUUCUACGACAGUACCGGUUGCUCCAGCCGCAAUAUCUUGUUGUCUGAAAGCAAGCGGGGUUGCACUGAAAGAACAGGAUGCGAUGGUGACGGAUGCUGUCAGGCGAGUUUACCUUACGAUCCUCAACAAAUUAUUGGUAUCAAAAUAGAGAGCAAUGGUGGAAGCUCGACGGCAAGCGACCAUUGUAGAGUCGCCUUCUUAACAGAUGAAGUCUACACUCGGUCGAAUGCGACAAAAACAGAAGACUUCAUUGCUAGAGGAUCCGCUACGGUUAGUCUAGGAUGGGUAAUACAGACCAAAAACCACUCCUUCCUCAGAUCCUUGGCUUGCAAGAAUCUAAAAGAUUACGCCGAUACUAAUUACUAUGGUGAACCCGAAAUAAAAUGCUCAUGCGGGAAUACCACCAUUUCUGGGAUUAACUAUGGAACUUGUGGAUGCAACCAAGGUUACACAGGGAACGCCUAUAUUCCGGGCGGAUGCUUAGACAUUGAUGAAUGUAAAAGCAUACCCGGCGCAUGUGGAGAAAGAGACAAUUGUGUGAAUACUCCAGGAUACUAUCAUUGCCGCGCCGAUAAGACAAAACCAAUAUUGAUAGGGGUCGGUGCAGGUUUUGGGGUCUUAGUCCUAGUCGGUGGAGUAUGGUGGUUGAGAAAGUUUCUGAUAAAGAGAAGGUUGACAAAGAGGAAGAAGAAGUUCUUCAAGCGUAACGGAGGACUACUGUUGCAACAAGAACUAGACACAAGACAAGGCAAUGUCGAAAGGACGAGACUAUUCAGCUCGAGAGAGCUGGAGAAAGCCACUGAAAACUUCAGCCAAAACAGAGUUCUUGGAAAGGGCGGUCAAGGCACUGUGUACAAAGGAAUGCUCCUAGACGGUAGAACCGUUGCUGUCAAGAAAUCCAAAGUUAUAGAUGAAGACAAGCUACAAGAGUUCAUCAACGAGGUCGUGAUUCUCUCCCAGAUCAACCACAGGCACGUCGUCAAGCUCUUGGGAUGUUGCCUUGAGACGGAAGUUCCUAUGCUCGUUUACGAGUUUAUCCUCAAUGGAAACCUCUUCCAGCACAUUCACGAAGAUUCUGAUGAUUACACUAUGGUAUGGGGGAUGCGUCUACGGAUUGCUGUGGAUAUCGCAGGAGCUCUUGCUUAUCUUCAUUCCUCUGCAACUUCUCCAAUUUACCAUAGAGAUAUCAAAUCAUUAAACAUAUUACUAGACGAGAAGUACCGAGCCAAGGUGGGUGAUUUCGGAACGUCGAGAGAUGCCAUGAAAGAGAAGAGAUUGUUGGAAAUCAUGGAUGAUCGAAUAAGAGAUGACUGCAAACCGGAACAAGUAAUGGCAGUGGCAAAUCUGGCGAUGAAGUGCUCGAGCUCGAAAGGAAGGAACCGUCCGAAUAUGAGAGAAGUUUAUGCGGAGUUGGAGAGGAUAUAUACAUCUCCAGAGGAUUAUCAGGUGCAGAUUGAGAUUGACGAAGAGGAGGAAGAAGAAGAAGAAGAAGAAGAAGAGGAAGUUAUGAAUAUAAUAAACAUGAGAGAUUCAUGGAGUAUCGGUGUUACUGCUCCAGUAGUGGCUUCACCUCCUUCUUCAGAUGUUGAACCAUUGUUUCCUCAGGAUUUCGCGUACAUUACAUAUUAUUGCCCUCACUGUAACGCUCUGAACAAACCAAAUCAUUCAGAGGAGAACCCACUGAUUCCUCCUGUUUCCGCUUCAUUGCUCACAGACUCUCCGACAUUGAUUGAGACCAGUGAAGUGGUUAAUAGCAGCAGCUCGACUGAUCUCGCUGCUUCAAGCACUUGUCGAAAGAAAUGUGGAGAAGUCGAGAUCAAAUACCCAUUUGGAGUCGGGAAGAACUGCUAUCUCGACAAGUCUUACGAAAUCGAGUGUCUAGCUAAUACAACUGCUUCAGGAAAGCUCGUACCUAUCCUCUCAGUACUUGGGAAAGAAGUUGGGAAUAUCUCUCUUCCGACUGAAGAACGUUACUACGAUCCUCAAUCAUUUGAGAUAGUUCGUUAUAUAUCGAUUGGGUUAGUUCGUGUCAAAACCCCGAUAACAACCGCAGGAUGUUUCAGCGAUGGGAACAAGUCUGCAGACACAGUAAUGAACUUGACGCGUACACCUUUUUUCAUUCACGAUGUAAACAGCCUCGUAGCAGUUGGUUGCGACAGCAGAGUCUCGUUGACACAUAUAAAGACGAACAUGGUUGGAUGCGAGGUGAAUUGCAAUACAAGCAAAGGGUCGAAUAGCGAUAGCAAUAGCAUCCCUUUCUACGAGAAAACAGGUUGCUCAAGCCGCAACGUCUUGGCCUUCACUAGCAAGAAGGUUUGCACAGAAAGCAAACCGGAGGAAACAGAAUGCGACGGUGACAGAUGCUGCCAGGCGAGUCUACCUGGAGAGCCUCAACAAGUUCUUGGUAUCAGAUUAGAGAGCAAUGCUGGAAGCUCGAGGGAGAGAGAGGAAUGCAGAGUCGCCUUCUUAACAGAUGAAGUCUACACUGUGUCUAAUGCGACAGAGCCAGAAGACUUGUUUACUAGAGGAUUCACUACGACCAAGAACCACUCCUUCUUCAAUUCCUUGGACUGCAAGAACAUAAAAGAUUACGUCGAUACUAGUUACUAUGCUGAACCCGAAAUCAAGUGUUCAUGCGGCAAUACCACCAUUUCUGGGAUUGUUUAUGGAAAUUGUGGAUGCAACAAUGGUUACGUAGAUGUUGAUGAAUGUAGAAGCAAACCACAGUGUAAAGAAAGGGAAACUUGUAUGAAUACUGCUGGAGGUUAUCACUGCGUGGGUGAUAAGACUAAUGCAAUACUGAUAGGGGUGGGUGCAGGUUUUGGGGUGUUAGCCCUAGUUGGUGGAGUAUGGUGGUUGAGAAAGUUUCUGAUAAAGAGAAGCAUUACAAAGAGGAAGAAGAAGUUCUUCAAGCGUAACGGAGGUAUACUGUUGCAACAAGAACUAAACACAAGACAAGGCAAUGUCGAAAGGACGAGAAUAUUCAGCUCCAAAGAAUUGGAGAAAGCCACUGAAAACUUUAGCCAAAACAGAGUUCUUGGACAGGGUGGUCAAGGCACUGUGUACAAAGGAAUGCUCAUAGACGGUAGAACCGUUGCUGUCAAGAAAUCCAAAGUUAUAGAUGAAGACAAACUACAAGAGUUCAUCAACGAGGUCGUGAUUCUCUCACAGAUCAACCACAGACACGUCGUCAAGCUCUUGGGAUGUUGCCUUGAGACGGAAGUUCCUAUGCUCGUUUAUGAGUUCAUCCUCAAUGGAAACCUCUUCCAGCAUAUCCACGAAGAUUCUGAUGAUUACACUAUGGUUUGGGGAAUGCGUCUACGGGUUGCUGUGGAUAUCGCAGGAGCUCUUGCUUAUCUUCAUUCCUCUGCAACUUCUCCAAUUUACCAUAGAGAUAUCAAAUCAUCAAACAUAUUACUAGACGAGAAGUACAGAGCCAAGGUCGCUGAUUUCGGAACGUCAAGAGAUGACUGCAAACCGGAACAAGCAAUGGCAGUGGCAAAUCUGGCGAUGAAGUGUUUGAGCUCGAGAGGAAGGAACCGUCCGAAUAUGAGAGAAGUUUAUGCCGAGUUGGAGAGGAUAUGUACAUCUCCAGAGGAUUAUCAGGUGCAGAUUCAGAUUGACUACGAAGAAGAAGACGAUGAAGAGGAAGUUAUGGAGAUGGUAAACGAGAGCGAGUCUUGGAGUAUUGGUGUUACUGCUCCAGUAGUGGCUUCACCUUCUUCUUUAGAUGCUGAACCAUUGUUUCCUCGUCUCACAUGGUGA